GGCGGAGGCUGCAGCGCCUGGGUCGCCACAGCUCGGGUCGGGGCUGGGAGCGGGUGGCCCAGGCUAGCCCCGGGCGCGGGGCGCGGGGCGCGGGAUCCGGCCGCGGCUGCCUGGGCAUGAGGAGCUGAGCAUCUCGGGCGAGGCGGGCGGACGGCAGCACCAUGCAGGCGGCGGCGGCGACGGCUGUGUCCGUGCCCUUCUUGCUGCUCUGCACCCUGGGGACCUGUCCCCCGGCGCGCUGCGGCCGGGCAGACGCCCCGUUGACCGAGCUGGAGAGGAGGAACGAGAACCGCUUCCUGGAGCGCCAGAGCAUCGUGCCACUCCGGCUCAUCUACAGCUCGGGCGGAGAAGACGAAACUGGACACGACGCGCUGGACACGCGGGUGCGGGGCGACCCCAGCAGCGGGCAGUUGACUCACGUUGACCAGGCAAGCUUCCAGCUGGAUGCCUUUGGAACAUCUUUUAUUCUUGAUGUCCUGCUAAAUCAUGAUUUGCUGUCCUCUGAAUAUGUGGAGAGACACAUUGAACAUGGAGGGAAAACUGUGGAAGUAAAAGGGGGAGAACACUGUUACUACCAGGGCCACAUCCGAGGAAAUCCUGCCUCAUUUGUGGCAUUGUCGACAUGCCAUGGACUUCAUGGGAUGUUCUAUGAUGGGAACCACACCUAUCUCAUUGAGCCGGAAGGAAAUGAUACCUCCCAAGAGGAUUUCCAUUUUCAUUCGGUUUACAAAUCCAGACUGUUUGAAUUUCCCUUGGAUGAUCUUCCAUCUGAAUUCCAACAAGUAAAUAUCACUCCACCAAAAUUUAUUUUGAAGCCAAGACCAAAAAGGAGUAAACGGCAGCUUCGUCGAUAUCCUCGUAAUGUAGAGGAGGAAACCAAAUAUAUUGAACUGAUGAUUGUGAACGAUCAUCUCAUGUUUAAAAAGCAUCGACUUUCAGUGGUACUUACCAAUACGUACGCGAAAUCUGUGGUGAACAUGGCAGAUUUAAUAUAUAAAGACCAACUUAAGACAAGGAUAGUAUUGGUUGCCAUGGAAACCUGGGCGGCUGACAACAAGUUUGCCAUAUCUGAAAAUCCACUCAUCACCCUACGUGAGUUUAUGAAAUACCGGAGGGAUUUUAUCAAAGAGAAAAGUGAUGCAGUUCACCUUUUUUCGGGAAGUCAAUUUGAGAGUAGCCGGAGCGGGGCAGCUUAUAUUGGUGGGAUUUGCUCGUUGCUGAAAGGAGGAGGCGUGAAUGAAUUUGGGAAAACGGACUUAAUGGCAGUUACACUUGCCCAGUCAUUAGCCCAUAAUAUUGGUAUUAUCUCAGACAAAAGAAAGUUAGCAAGUGGUGAGUGUAAAUGUGAGGACACGUGGUCUGGAUGCAUAAUGGGAGACACUGGAUAUUAUCUUCCUAAAAAGUUUACCCAGUGUAAUAUUGAAGAGUAUCAUGACUUCCUAAAUAGUGGAGGUGGUGCUUGCCUUUUCAACAAACCUUCUAAGCUUCUUGAUCCUCCUGAGUGUGGCAAUGGCUUCAUUGAAACUGGCGAGGAGUGUGACUGUGGGACCCCGGCAGAAUGUGUCCUUGAAGGAGCAGAGUGUUGUAAGAAAUGUACCUUGACUCAAGACUCCCAAUGCAGUGAUGGUCUUUGUUGUAAAAAGUGCAAGUUUCAGCCUAUGGGAACCGUGUGCCGUGAAGCAGUAAAUGAUUGUGAUAUUCGUGAAACAUGCUCUGGAAAUUCAAGCCAGUGUGCCCCCAAUAUUCAUAAGAUGGAUGGUUAUUCAUGUGAUGGUGUCCAGGGAAUUUGCUUUGGAGGAAGAUGUAAAACCAGGGAUAGACAAUGCAAAUACAUCUGGGGGCAAAAUGUGAUGUCAUCAGAUAAAUACUGCUAUGAGAAACUGAAUAUAGAAGGCACCGAGAAGGGUAACUGUGGGAAAGACAAAGACACAUGGAUACAGUGCAACAAACGGGACGUGCUCUGUGGUUACCUUUUGUGUACGAACGUUGGUAACAUCCCAAGACUUGGAGAACUUGAUGGUGAGAUCACGUCUACUUUGGUUGUGCAGCAGGGAAGAACGUUAAACUGCAGUGGCGGGCAUGUUAAGCUUGAUGAGGAUGUCGACCUUGGCUAUGUGGAAGACGGGACACCCUGUGGUCCCAAAAUGAUGUGCUUAGAACACAGGUGUCUUCCUGUGGCUUCCUUCAACUUUAGUACUUGCUUAAGCAAUAAAGAAGGCACUGUUUGUUCAGGAAAUGGAGUUUGCAGUAAUGAGCUGAAGUGUGUGUGUAACAGACACUGGGUAGGUGAAGACUGCAGCACUUACUUCCCUUACAAUGAUGAUGCAAAGGCUGGCAUUACGCUGUCUGGCAAUGGUGUUGCUGGUACCAAUAUUAUAAUAGGCAUAAUUGCUGGCACCAUUUUAGUGCUGGCGCUCAUAUUAGGAAUUACUGCAUGGGGCUAUAAAAACUAUCGAGAGCAGAGACAGUUACCCCAGGGAGAUUAUGUAAAAAAGCCUGGAGAUGGCGACUCUUUUUAUAGCGACAUUCCUCCUGGAGUCAGCACAAACUCAGCAUCUAGUUCUAAGAAGAGGUCUGCUUUUCUGUCGCAUUUUCAGAUUUCUACCUGUUCCAUCACACAUUAUUCCAUUAGUCAGAACAUUUCAUUAUUUUGCAGCAGGUCAAAUGGACUUUCUCAUUCUUGGAGUGAAAGGAUUCCAGACACAAAACAUAUUUCAGACAUCUGUGAAAAUGGACGACCUCGGAGUAACUCUUGGCAAGGUAACCUGGGAGGCAACAGAAAGAAAAUCAGAGGCAAAAGAUUUAGACCUCGAUCUAAUUCAACUGAGUAUUUAAACCCAUGGUUCAAAAGAGACUAUAAUGUAGCUAAGUGGGUAGAAGAUGUGAAUAAAAACACUGAAGGACCAUACUUUAGGACUUUAUCUCCUGCCAAGUCUCCUUCUUCGUCAACUGGGUCUAUUGCUUCCAGCAGAAAAUACCCUUAUCCAAUGCCUCCCCUUCCUGAUGAGGACAAGAAAGUGAACCGACCAAGUGCCAGGCUAUGGGAGACAUCCAUUUAAGAUCAGCUGUUUACAUGUGAUACAUCGAAACUGUUUACUUCAACUUUUAUACAAACCCAGCCUCACGGAAUCACUGCAAAUCUAUCUGCUCUUCAGACAAUUCAAAAACAUCUCUGAGAAGCCACAGAGGAGAGGAAGCCAAGCUUCACAUCUGGAUACCAUUUUCUUUUUGUCAUUGGCUUAGGAUUUAACUGAACCAUGAAAAGGACUACUGAAAUGUUACACUAUAACAUGGAACAACAAAGGUACUGGUAUGUUAAUGGAUAAUCCGCAUGACAGAUAUAUGUAGAAAUAUCACUAAAAUUAACUCACAUGACCCAAAUGUAGCAAGUUACUAAGGGACAAUAGUGGAUUCAGAACUUGACAUUCUGAAGCACAUCCUCAUUGUAGACAGUCAGUAAUGCUAUGUGCAUGAAGCUUCUGUUUAUUGUUUUCUACAUUUAAGGAAACAACAUCCCAUAAUAGAAACUAGCAUGCAGGGCUAAGGCAUAUAGGAUUUCUUCUGCAGGACUUUAAAGCUUGAGAGACCAAUAUCCCAUAUGCUAACUGUAAACAUGUAUUUUUCUUUUUCCUUUUUUUACUUUUCAUAUUUAUAUCAGCAUACAAGGACAAUUGUACAUAUGUAAACAUUUUAAACUUAAAAAAAAAGCAGCUGUUACACACAAGUGUAUUUUGCCAAAUGCCUAAAAACAAUCAGUCACAAUCACGUCAUUGUCAUCCAUCAUCUGUUCUUUAAACAUUAUAAUCGGACGAUGUUGUAAAUAUCGUGAUCAGGGCUGUAUGUGUGUCUCCCCUUAAUUGAUGUUUGUCUAAACCAUGUGCUGGCCUUUUAAAGUGUACACAGUCUGGAGGUAGUUUUAUUGAACAAGAAAACAAAAUGUCCAACCAAGCUUAGGGCCUCCACAGCUCGCUUCCUGCCUCCAGGCGCUCUGCUCCUGUUGGCUGGCCCCUGGGGACCCUCCAGCCUGUCCAUCUUCUUUCUGGGGGCUACAGUGCCUGCCUCAGCGGCUGUUCUUUUUCAGCACCAGAGCACGUCUGCUACUCUCACCCCAGGGGGCCUGUGAGCCCCACAGCAGUGUGUCCUGCUGAGAUCAAACAAGUGCGCCAAAGACACAGGAGACCACGGCUGCUGAUGCUUCAGUAACUCCCACCUUGCCAAUACACCAACCCUUUGUGGCCUAAAUUUUGUUCUCUAAAAAGACUUUAUAGCCACCCUUAUCUGUGACGUGAAUGACUUGUUUUAAUGCAAACAACUUUUACACAGUUUAUUAAGGGUAUUUAUCAUCAGUGGGAUGUGAGUCCCAACAAGUCAUUCUGCACUGAUUUGUAAAUAAGACAUGGAAGGUUCUACGAGGUGGGCUGGGAAGCCUCAACAGGCCACAGAGGGUUCAAAGAAACCUAAAACCACAGAAGUGAGCGACUGUGAAAUUACCCAAACAGCUGGCAUGGGGAAGAAUCGGAUGUCCUGAACUCUCUAUUUUUUUUUUUUUAAUCCAUAGAAAAGUGAGAAAUCUGUGUUAAACCCCCCUUGUUAAAACCAAAGUUCCAUAGCUAUCAUCAUGCGGCUCUGUCAUUCUUAAAGAAAACUUCUCUCCAGAGGCUAACCUAGUGAGCUCAGAAAUGGGUGGGAUCAAUCAAAUGCUUCAAUGGGAAGAGUACUUCUGAAUUUCCUUACUUUCUCUCCUUUUUCUUGAGAGGAAUGGAAUCUGCAGACAAGAUUUCAGAAAUAUCCUUUAAGUUUGAUCUCUCCCAGUAGUGUCUGAGAACAAAACCCAUUUCAUCUCUAAGUAUAAUCAUCUUGGAGUCCCAAACCAAAGGGCCCCAUUAGAAGGCAGCAUUUUAUACUUUAUCUGUUUAUGUCUUCUAUAAUGGCCUCUCCUCUGAAAGUCAUUGAAAACAUUUGAAAAGCAAUUUAAUUAUCCCAAAUGAUACUGUUAUAAGCAGCAUUUUUCAUGACAGGAAGGGAUGUGAUUGUCGAGACCACAAUAAAAUGAUCCAUCAGACUCAA